AUGCUUAGCGAAAUCCAAACAUUGUCCAGUGUUCAUCACCCAUUUAAGUAUCAUUCAGAAAUCAGUAACUGGUGUACAAAACGUGAUGGACCAUUUGACAUUGCUUUAGAAGUAGUUGACGUGUAUGAAGUUUGUGAAAGGGUUUCCCGAUUUUCUGGGUUUGAUAACAUUCUUUUGGAACCUACUACUUAUACUGAUUAUGAUGGAAAAAUUGUUUUAGGAGUAAUCAAGUCAUGUGUUGGGGAUUUGCUUCAUACGAUUAUUGACUCGUCACAGUAUAAAGGCUUGUUUUUGCCUGGAUACACAUCGGGACAGAGUGCAAAUGAUGACUUGAAGGAAGUACUAAAUAACAAUGGAUCGAAUCCCAAUUCUUUUGUGAAAUAUACUGACCAUAUAGCAAUCGCUGGGGAUAUUGGAGAUUCAGAUACUUUUAUGAAUUGGUACAAAACAGUAUUUGGAAUGAAACGCAUAUUCAUUAAUAUACAGGAAGAUGAAUCCCAAGGGUUUAUAGUAAAAGAUCCAACUUCGAAUUCUGAAUAUCGUAAUGCAUGCAAAUUUGUCUUUGUUGAGCCCACGAAAGAUUCAGAACCUAGUCAAGUGACUCGAUUUCUACAAGCUAAUUCAGGUCCAGGCUUACAACACAUGGGACUCGCCAUUGAUAACAUUAUAGAUGUAGCAGCUACCUGUCAUCAAAAUGGUAUAAAAUUUAUCACUGCUCCAGACGUCUAUUAUGAGGCUUUAUCCCAGCGUAUCAACUUGAAAGAAUUUUCUUUGGAUUUAGAAAAACUUAAAACAACUGGCAUACUUGUAGAUAAAGAAUUAAACAAUGAAGGUUAUCAAAUAGGCCCAUACAAUUUAACAUAAUUUUGAAGUUGAUGUGAACAGAGAAACAAGAAGCCUUAACAAACAACGGAAGCUAUUUUUGAGUACGUUAAUUCAUUUAAUUCAAAGCUUGUAAAACACUAAAAUUUAUUUUUGUCCCUAGCUUGUUCUACAGACCAUAAGCUUUCAUUUGAUAUAUGAUUUAUAACCAUAAACUUUUUUGUUGAAAAGGUGUUGUAAUUUAAACAUAAUCUUUUAUACUCGAUUUUCUACCUUAAUCUCCAGUUUUGGACGUAGUUAUAUUUUCCUAAUUGCUUCUGCGUUGUGGUCAUGUUAGUCAUCCAUUUCUUCAUGUAUCUUUUUACACUAAUCUGAAUUGGAGUGUAAAUCGGAGAAGGGAAUGAAUUGAAUUCUGUUCUAGUUAACUCCUCUUUUCUCUACGGCCAAGCAGUUAGUUUCACCCCGAACUCACGCAUACUAACCUCAGGGUUAAACCAAUCAGUCAUCUUGUCAAGGUCUUAAUCUAGAUUGAGACAAGCUGUCUUCUACACAUUAGUGGGUAGAAAGAUCAAGGAAGUAACAAAAGUAUUGGUCAUGGUAAUUUAAACUUAACUAUUAAAAAUUAAAAAUUUCAAAUAUUACCCUCCGUGUUUAAACCUUACUUUAUUAAAGUCAAUGUCCACAACUGGAAAGUAUCACUGCCUUCUUCAUUCACAAAAUCGAAUGGACAAGCUUGAAUAUUUGUCCAUUGUUUUACCACAAACUAUUCUUUUUUUAAAAAUUUGUUUUGUGAUUUCACUUAUUUACUGUAUCAAAUUAUUUUGUUUAUUUAAACAAAUCCUUAUAUCACUUACCUCUUCGUUAUCAUCAGAUUAUCAUAUAGAUAUCACUGAAGCUAGUUGUUAAUAUCGUCCAUAUCAAUUUAAUGAACAAAGACAAAUAAAUUUACCCGUAUUCAUUUUAACAAAGUUAGACAGUUAAGAAUCAAAUGGAUUUGGAAUUUAUUGUAUACGUUAUUGAAUAAGAAAAUUUUCAUUUCAACGAAAUCAUUUACUUAAGCUGUACAUUCGCAUAUAUAGUUAUGUGGAAAAUGUAUGUCUAUAGAAGGAUAGAAAGGAUUGCAUCACAAAAAUGAAUUCGAGAAUAAAUAACAAAUGAGGUUAACGUACUAAUCAACGGGUAAGGAAGAACAGACUUUAUGGGUCAGAUAAUAAUCCAAUUUUUGAAAUAUUCCCAUAUUGUAAAUUUAGAACAACAUAUAUAAGCGAACAAUAUUGUUUUCGAUUAGAUCCUCAUCAGGCUUUACUCUAAUAUACAGUAAUAUUUAUAUGCAUAUACGAAAUAAUUAAACCAAUCAAGGUAGUUUAUAAGUCAAUGAUAACAAUGAGAACGAUUACACAAUAAGUAAAAUGUGAAAAGUACAAAUUGAUGGUGUGACAACAGGUGCAUUAGUUUUUGAUAAGCAAUAAAUAAUAAAGGUUCAAAUCAAUGUU